CUCCUCCCUUCCCAGGAAAUGAAACUAACAGCGCCUGACUCAGGCAGCAGAAGAAAAAAGAGGCUUACAGUUUCCUGGAGCCAGGUGUGCGGCCACUGGCUCUCCUAUCCUGCCCCAGUGUCACCAUGGAGCUCUGUGCUAUCCCGGCUAAGAAUCUGGACAAGUUCAUUGAAGAACACCUGCUACCAAACACGCUUUUCCGCUCGCAGGUCAAACAAGCCGUCGACAUUAUCUGCAGUUUCCUGAAGGAAAAGUGUUUUCAAAGUGCCUCCCACCUUGUCCGGGUGUCCAAAGUCGUGAAGGGCGGCUCCUCAGGCAAAGGCACGGCCCUCAGAGGCCGAUCUGAUGCUGACCUGGUCGUCUUCCUCAGCCACCUCAGAAGUUUUAAGGAGCAGUUUGAUCGCAGAGGAGAGUUCAUCCAGGAAAUAAGGAAGCAGCUGGAGGCCUGUGAAAGACAGAAUAUGUUUGCCAUAGAGUUUGAGGUCCAGGGUGGUCAUGUAUGGAGUAACCCUCGUGUACUCAGCUUCGUGCUCAGCUCCCCCAGGCUCUCCGAAAGCGUGGAAUUUGAUGUACUGCCCGCCUUUGAUGUCCUGGGGCAGGUGACGGGCGACUACAGACCUAACCCUGAGAUCUAUGUCCGGCUCAUCCAAGAGUGCGAAGAGCUAGGUCUGAAAGAGGGUGGUGAGUUCUCUACCUGCUUCACGGAGCUGCAGCGAGGCUUCCUAAGGGAGCGUCCAACCAAGCUCAAGAGCCUCAUCCGCCUAGUCAAGCACUGGUACAAAGAGUGUAAGAAGAAGCAUGGAUCGCCCCUGCCACCACAGUAUGCCCUGGAGCUCCUGACAGUCUAUGCUUGGGAACGUGGGUGCAACAAAACAGAAUUCAACACAGCUGAGGGAUUUCGGACUGUCUUGGAAUUAGUCCGGAACUACCAACAGCUUUGGAUCUACUGGACAAAGUAUUACAACUUUGAAAAUCCUGUCAUUUGUGACUACCUGAUGAAGCAGCUCCACAAACCCAGGCCUGUGAUUCUAGAUCCAGCUGACCCUACAGGAAAUGUUGCUGGUGGAGACCGACAUCGCUGGCAGCGGCUGGCAAAGGAGGCUGAAGUCUGCUUGAGUUACCCAUGCUUUAAGACUUGGAAUGGGUCUCCAGUGGACUCCUGGAAUGUACAGUGCUAAGAAGGCAGCGAAGAUGACUGGAUAACCUGUGCUCUCAAGACAUAUCCGCUCCAUCAUUACGGACAGUGCCCUGGAUCCUUUCACAGCCACCACAAACGCCAGGCAGAGCCCUCGCCCCGGGCAGAAGAGAACGGAACCAAAUAUUGUAGCUCACCCGAGAGUUCGCUUUCCAUAUGCAAACCAGCCAAUCCAGAGCCGACUCCUUUAUCAGCUUUCACAGGACUCUUGCAUUCUGGGCCUUAAUCCGUCUGUCCUACUCACCCCGGGGCCAGGUCCCAGACAAACUCGGGACAGCCCCUACCCUCCAGAGCCCACUGUAAUUAUUCUAGCUAGCCAAUCCUAAGCCUACUUCCCCUGCCUUGCCUGGCUUCUCCCACGGAAACUGUGAUAAAACUUUCCGCCCAUGUUUUUCCUUGGCUUGCUCUGCCUCCUGAACAAACCCCGGUGUUUCCUUGUGUGGCCCUGCGUGGCGGGCUGUGCUUCCUGCUUGUAGGGAUCUGUGAAUAUAAACUUCUUCCUUCAUGAUAAUAUUUGGUUAUUGUCUUAAACAUUAGAAAAAUAAAGAAAUGGUUAAAAAAAAAAAAA